AAACCGCCCAUAAAUUAAACAGCCGCAUUCUCUUACCACUUUUGUCAUGGGACAAAAAGCCCUCUUUAUUUCAUCUCAUCCUCUCCCACACGUUAAUUUCAUCACUUUUCCUUUCUUACAUAUAGAGUAUUUCCCCAAUCUUGUUUUCUGCUUGUAAAAAACAUUCUGAUUUCCAUUAAUUUCUUCCAAAUAAUAUAGAAUUAAAAAUGGAUGAAAUCGAUAUACCUCAGUAUUUCCUCUGCCCCAUAUCACUCCAGAUCAUGAAAGACCCCGUCACCACCGUCACCGGCAUCACCUACGACCGCGACAGCAUCGAGCAGUGGCUUUCGACGGCUGAGGCCUCCUCCGCUGCCGCAGUGUGCCCAGUUACUAAGCUGCCGCUGUCCAAAUCCGCCGGUUUGACUCCCAACCACAUGCUCCGGCGGCUUAUUCAGGCGUGGUGCGUCGCCAAUGUGAAGAGCGGGAUCGAUAGGAUCCCGACUCCGAAGUCCCCCCUCCACCGCUCCGCAGUGAUCAAGCUCAUCCGCGGUGCGGGAAGCCGCCGGAGCCGAGCGGAGAAUCUCGAGGCGCUGAGGAAAUUGGAGGAGCUCGCUGGCGACGACGGCGGCAAGAAUCAGCAGUGCAUGGCGGAGGCCGGCACCGGCAAAUCGAUGAUUUCUUAUGUGAUGAGAUGUUUCGACGACGGCGAUUUCGCCGGCGUGGACCGUGCGCUGAGAAUCCUGCGGCUGACUUGGUCCCCCACUGCGGAGAACAAGCAGAUCGUUGAAGAAAAAAACCCUCAAUUUUUACAAUCGAUUCUGUGGAUUUUGAACGGCAGAUUAGAAAAUUCGGCGAAGGCAGAUGCCUUAGUUGUACUAAAAAACGCCAUAGAAGUUGCGAGUUCGGUUUUUUUGGAGAAAUUGAAGCCGUCUUUCUUCAAAGAGAUGGUGAGAAUUUUGAGGACGCAGACGGCGGCGAGGGCGGUUCUGAAAAUUCUGAUCCGGACUUGCCCGGCGGGCAGGAACAGGACGAAGAUAAUCGAGACGGGGGCGGUUUUCGAGCUGAUCGAGAUGGAGCUGGGCAGCCCGGAGACGAAGACGACGGAGUUGAUAUUCUGCCUGCUGGCGCAGCUGUGCUCGUGCGCCGACGGCCGGCAGCAGUUUCUGCAACACGCCGGAGGCGUGGGGUUGGUGGCGAAGAGGCUGCUGCGGGUGUCGCCGACGACGAACGACCGGGCGAUGCGUAUAUACGAGUCGAUCGCGCGAUUCUCGGCCACGAGGGCGGUGGUGGCGGAGAUGCUGACAGUCGGCGGCGUGACGAAGCUGUGCAUGAUUCUGCAGGCGGAUUGCGAUGUGUAUUUGAAGAAGAAAGCGAGGGAGAUUUUGAAGCUGCAUUCCAAGGCGUGGAGCAAUUCGCCUUGCAUACAGCUUUACCUCUUGACGAGGCGAGACCUCUGCACCACAUAAAGGUGGGAAAUAUCUACAUCGCACGUAGGCGUGACCACUACACUACAUAAAGGUGGAAAAACUACACCGCACGCAGACGAGAUUGAACUCAAGACCCUCACAAAGGUGAGUCUUUGGGCGCCUCAACUUUGCCACUUGAACUAGCCUCAUUGGCUUCAACAUCAAUUUUUUUUAGGAAUGCUUUUUCGACAUCAUUAAAAACCA